GUGUAGAACCAAAAUGGCCGCCCUCGUAUUUUGACGUAUAAUAGCUAGCUACUUUUCUUUUUGUUUCAUUCUUGGUAGAAAGCUAGCAAACGAGAGACUUUUUGGAGGAGCCUUUGCUUGGCCACAACCUCCGUACACUGGCGUCAUAGGUUUUUUCUUGAAGACAAUCAAGACUGACACCUAUUUGUUGAUCGAGUUGGACUAUGCAUAUUUAGUUAUAUUACAGGCUAGCUAGCUGGCUCUGGCUGGCACACAUCAGAGCGGUAGAGAGUGAAACAGCUAGCUCACCUAGCUGCGAUGGAGGAACUGAGCGCAGAUGAGAUCCGCAGAAGGAGACUGGUACGAUUGGCAGGGGGACAGACGUCACAGCCCAGCACCCCUCUCAGCACACCCUUGACAUCUCCACAGAGAGAGACUCCCCCUGGACCCCUCCCUGGACCCUCAGGUGUUGCACCCCAGCCCCUGCCACCAGCUGCCUCUCAAUCAUUGGGGCUCAAUGUCCACAGUGGUACCCCUGCCACAUCCCCUAUGGGCACCUCCGGGGUGGCAUAUGGCAGUCAGAGCAGCGAGGGUGUGAGCUCCCUCUCCAGCUCUCCCUCCAACAGCCUUGAGACUCAGUCCCAGAGUCUGUCCCGAUCGCAGAGCAUGGACAUUGACACUGCCUCCUGUGAAAAGAGCAUGUCCCAGGUGGAUGUGGACUCAGGGAUAGAGAACAUGGAGGUGGAGGACAGCGACCGCAGGGAGAAGAGGAACUUGCCUGAAAAGGAAUCCUCUGCAAACUCAGAUGUCUCAGAAGAACAGGCUCUGCAGCUCAUUUGUAAGAUCCUCCGCGUAUCGUGGAAGGAGCAGGAUAGAGAUGUCAUCUUUCUCCCUUCACUGGCUGCAGAGUUCCACCAGAACCCUAAAGAUGUAUACUCUGACUUCAAAGACCUGAUCGGCCAGAUCCUGAUGGAAGUCUUAAUGAUGUCCACCCAGUCACGUGUCCACAACCCUUUCGCCAGCUUGACCGCCACCUCUCAGCCAAUCGCAGCAGCCAAAUCCCCCGACCACCGUCUGACGCUGGUGCAGCCCUCCAGCCAAGGUGGCAGCCCCAUGGGCCCCAGUGCAGGAUCCUUUGGAGCCAGCUCUCUGUCCAGUCUGUAUGGGUGUGGUAGUCCUCCCUCGAUGGCUUUGGAUGCAGCCAAGAGGACCUCCCCAUCUCUCCCCACCCCUACUACACCCACUGUACCCUCCACAACCUCUUCCCCACAAUUCAUUGUGCCCCCGAGCCCACCCGCAACUGCUACUCCACGACACACACUCAACCCUCCAUCUGCCCCAAUGCCCAUCUCCCAACGCUAUCGGCCUUACUCUGUCACCUCUCCUUGGGGGGCUCCUUCCCCAUCUAGUCCUGCUCAAAGAGCUUUUAGUUUCUCUGGACCCUCUCCUAGCCCUGCAGGGCCCUCUGUUCCUCCUAACACCCCAAUUCCUGUGCCACCACCUAGCCCCCAUUCCCUCUCCUUGAGCUCACCUAGGGCUCGCAACCAACCCUCCUCCACACCCCUUUCCGUGGUGCCCCCUUCUCCCAGAUCGAAUACCCGACAGGCUGCCUUUGCUUCCAGGAUCCCACCGUCUAGCCCCUUGUCGUUCCUGUUCUUUGCCCUCUCUGACAUGUCUCAGGACAGCAGUGAUGACGAUUCUGAGGAGGAGGAGGAUUUUGCACGGGUUCAGUUUGGGUCCAGUCUUUGUGCAUCUGGAGGGGGAAUGUCUUGCAAUUCUGCCAGCGACCGCUUCACCAUUGAGACAUGCAAAGAGACAGAGAUGCUGAACUACCUCAUUGAGCGUUUUGACAGUGUUGGCAUGGAGGAGAGGAAAGCUCCGAAGGUGUGUAGCCAACCAAAUGUCAGCCAGCUUCUCAGCAACAUUCGCUCUCAGUGUAUUUCCCAUAUUGCCCUGGUCCUGCAAGGCACCCUGACCCAGCCACGGAGCCCUCUCCAUCAGUCUUUGCUGGUACCUUAUCUGCUGUGUCGAAACCUCCCAUAUGGCUUUAUUCAGGAGCUGGUGCGCAUCACCCACCAGGAGGAAGGGGCGUUCAGUCAGAUCUUCAUACCCAUCCUCCAUGGGCUGGCUCUUGCAGUGAAAGAAUGUUCCUUUGACAGUGACAACUUUAAAUUCCCCCUUAUGGCAUUAGCUGAACUUUGUGAAAUCAAGUUUGGAAAGACUCACCCAGUGUGCAAUUUGGUAACCUCGCUGCCUCUGUGGUGUCCCAAACCUCUGAGCCCUGGUUGUGGCAGAGAGAUCCAGAGACUUUCCUACGUGGGAGCUUUCCUCAGCCUCUCUGUGUUUGCUGAGGAUGAUACAAAAGUGGGAGACAAGUAUUUCUCUGGCCCAGCCAUCACCAUCGAGAACACGCGGGUCGUCAGCCAAUCACUGCAGCACUACCUGGAGUCAGCUAGGGGUGACCUGUUUAAAAUUCUCCAUAACAUCCUACUAAAUGGAGAAACGCGCGAGUCAGCUCUUCAUUACAUGGCAUCUCUGGUCAACUACAAUGUGAAAAAAGCUCAAAUGCAGACUGAUGAUAAGCUGGUGUCGACAGACGGCUUCAUGCUCAACUUCUUAUGGGUGCUGCAACAGCUGAGCAUGAAGAUCAAGCUGGAGACAGUCGACCCUUACUACAUUUUCCACCCACGGUGUCGCCUCGUUGUCAGCCUAGAGGAGACGCGUGUGAAAGCCACCAUGGAGGAGCUCAAGAGCUGGAUGACUGACCUGCAUGACGACCCCAACAAGUUCUCAGAACCCAAGUUCCCCACCGAGUGUUUCUUCUUGACGCUGCACGCCCACCAUUUAUCCAUCCUGCCUGGCUGCAGACGUUAUAUUCGCAGGUUGCGUGCCAUCCGCGAGCUGAACAGGACUGUAGAGGAGCUGAAGAACAGUGAAAGCCAAUGGAAAGACUCUCCCCUGGCUAGUCGACACAGAGAGAUGCUCAAGCGAUGCAAAACCCAGCUCAAGAAACUGGUGCGAGCCAAAGCUUGUGCUGACGUGGGCCUUCUGGACGAGAACCUGCUCCGCAGAUGUCUGCAAUUCUACAGCACAGUCAUCCAGCUCAUCCUUCGCAUGGUGGACCCUGCCUACCCCAACAUUAACCUGCCACUGCACCCCGAGGUUCCCAAAAGCUUUGCUGCUCUGCCUGAGUUCUACAUUGAAGAUGUGGCAGAGUUUCUGCUUUUUGUCGUGCAGUAUUCUCCCCAGGUUUUAUAUGAGCCGUGUGUCCAGGACAUUGUCACCUUCUUGGUGGUGUUCAUCUGCAGCCAGAACUACAUCAGGAACCCUUACCUUAUCGCCAAGUUGGUGGAGGUGCUGUUUGUCACCAACCCCGCUGUACAGCCUCGUACUCAGCGAUUCUCUGAAAUGAUGGAGAACCACCCGUUGUCCGUCAAACAGCUGGUCCCCGCCCUCAUGAAGUUCUACACUGAUGUGGAGCAUACCGGCGCCACCAGCGAGUUCUAUGAUAAAUUCACUAUACGGUACCAUAUCAGCACUAUCUUCAAGAGUCUCUGGCAGAAUCUUGCCCACCAUGGCACCUUCAUGGAGGAGUUCAACUCUGGCAAGCAGUUUGUGCGCUACAUCAACAUGCUGAUUAAUGACACCACCUUCUUGUUAGACGAGAGCCUUGAGUCCCUGAAGCGUAUCCACGAAGUUCAAGAAGAGAUGAAGAAUAAGGAGCAGUGGGACCAGCUGCCUAGGGAGCAGCAGCAGAGCCGCCAGUCCCAGCUGACUCAGGACGAGCGGGUGUCUCGCUCCUAUCUGGCCUUGGCCACAGAGACGGUUGAAAUGUUCCACAUCCUCACCAAGCAGGUCCAGAAGCCUUUCCUCAGGCCUGAGCUGGGGCCUCGUUUAGCCGCCAUGCUAAACUUUAACCUACAGCAGCUCUGUGGGCCUAAGUGUCGGGACCUGAAGGUGGAGAACCCUGAGAAGUAUGGCUUUGAGCCCAAGAAGCUCCUAGACCAGCUAACUGAUAUCUACUUGCAGCUAGACUGUGCCCGCUUUGCUAAAGCGAUUGCAGAUGACCAGCGGUCGUACAGCCGCGAGCUCUUUGAGGAGGUGAUCUCAAAGAUGAGGAAGGCUGGUAUUAAGUCCUCUAUUGCCAUUGAAAAAUUCAAGCUGCUAUCGGAGAAGGUGGAGGAAAUAGUCGCCAAGAACUCCCAAUCUGAAAUGGACUACAGUGACGCACCUGACGAGUUCAAAGACCCCCUGAUGGACACCCUGAUGACUGACCCUGUGAUUCUACCUUCUGGCAACAUCAUGGAUCGAUCCAUCAUCCUACGCCACCUGCUUAACUCCCCCACUGAUCCCUUCAACAGACAGCCACUCACAGAGAGCAUGCUGGAGUCAGUCCCUGAGCUGAAGGAGAGGAUCCAUACCUGGAUGAGAGAAAAACAGGGUGGACGGCCUGUCUGAGGACCACAUGUCACCAACGUCUGGCCUGCUAACCAUCAUUAAGAGAGUUGUCCAAACCGCCUGAAUUCAGUGUCCCUACUACCAAUGACAACAAAAAUAAUUUGAAUGAAAAAAAAAAAAAAAAAAAAAGACCUGAUUUGAUUUUUAUUCGCAUUUACCCCUUUUUUGUCUCAAGCCAUUAUGGUUCUAAAAACAAAAUAUAAUAAAGUUAAGACUUUUAAGUUUUUCUCAUGAGUUUGUGUAUAUAUCUAACAAAAUAUAUACAUAUAUUUAACAAGAGUUAGUUAAUGCAAUAUAGUGCUACAAGAAUACGUUUCCACCACCAUCAGGUUUACCAGCGAGGUGCAUAGAGUCACUUCCCCAAUCAUUUUCCUUUACGGUUCUCAUUUUGUCAUUUUGUUUUGUAAUACUCUGUAUGUUGGCUUCAUUAAACACUUUUGAUUUUAGGGAGAGGGGAGGGCAUUACAUUUGGGAGAGUGUGAGGGUGGGGGGGGGGGUGGGUUGGGUUCUGAUAGAAUUGCUAGCCCCGAGUUUUUAAUUAUCAAGACUGUGACGAUGAUGAACGCGAGUCCACAUAAUGUAUGCUGAUUUCCCAGAGCUAAGAGAGGCACAGUUUGUGCUUGUAGACAAAGUUCAAACGGGGAAUAUCCAUUAAGGAUGUAGCUUAACCGUUAACUAAUCCUAAAUGUCAGCUUACUUUUGAGUACAGUAGGAAGAUAAGCAGUGGAUUACCAAAAUACAGUAUGUUCAGUUGUUCCUUUCUAGUCUCAUUUUCCCUGCUGACUUCAAUAGAUGGAAUUUACUUCUUGCGUGUGCAUGGCCUCAAGUCCAGAACCUCCUAAGCGCCUGACGGACAAAUAACCCUCUUUUAGGUGAAAUGGAAGGAACGUGAGAGAAUGUAGCAUGACCACCAGAAACACCAUCAUAGGAGUGCACCAAUAAAAGUCUACUCUUCAGAAACACUGACAUCUCACGACAAGGCGGUCUCUUUCAAAAUGGCACUGUACUUAACGUUACCUUGCUGACCUUAACUGUACAGGAAAUAAUUUCCUUAAACCACAUACCUGUUUUGGAAGCUAGGAUUUUGAACUGAAAUAAAUGAUGAUGCACAUUAUUUCACAACUCGUCACUG